AUGCUAACUCAAUCACUUAACAUCUAUCUAUCUAUCUAUCUAUCUAUCUAUCAAUCUAUCUAUCUAUCUAUCUAUCUAUCUAUCAAUCUAUCUAUCUAUCUAUCUAUCUAUGUGUGUCUGUCUGUUUUCUUCUGUUCGUAUCUAUCUAUCUAUCUAUCUCUUUCUUAUUUAACUCUCUCGUUUUAUUCAUAUCUAUCUGAGUCUAUUCAUAUCUCACGCGCCCUCUCAUCUAUCUAUCUAUCUAUCUCAAUCACUUCAUAUUUGACUUUUUUCAUUCUUACUUUCUCUUUGCUUUAUUCUUUCUUUUUUAAAUCUUUAAUUCUUUCUUUCCUUUAUUUCUUCCUUUUUUCUCCCUUUCUUUCUUAUUAUUAUAUCUUUUUCACCUGCUUCCCUUCUUUCUUUCUUUCUUUCUUUCUUUCUUUCGUUAUUUAUUUUUAUUCGUCCUCUUCAUCAUUUUUUCUUUUCUGUCUUUUUUCUGUCUUUUUCUUCCUCCUCUUCUUUCUUUCCCUCUUCUUCAUUGUUUUCUUUCUUUCUUUCUUCAUACCUGUCUUCCUUUCCUUCCUUAUUUCUUUCUUCUUCGUCCUCUUCAUUCUUUAUUUUUCUUUCUGUUUCGUCUUCUUACUUUCUUUCUUUCUUCACCGUUCUCUUCAUUCUUCUUUUUUUUCUUCAUCCUCAUUUUCUUUCCUCUUUUCUUUCAUCUCUCUUUAA